AUGACUAAUCAGCAAUCUACAAAUUACUUAGGUUGGUCAAUUGAAGGCUGGAUAACUUUCCAUAAGAAAUCAACACCAACAGAAUCUUAUAAUUUACUAAUUUCUUUAAUCAAUUCGCAAUUUGUUGCACCAACUGAUCCAGCAUGGGUUUCCGUUUGUUCCAUUGAAAACUUCAAUCACCAAUGGCAAAUCUUACAAACAAAAUCAAAUAAAGAAUUACUACCUCUUUAUGGUGUCCCCAUCGCCAUUAAAGAUAAUAUUGAUGCUAAAGGCAUCCCAACAACUGCAGCUUGUCCAUCUUUCUCAUAUAAUCCUGAAAGAGACUCUAAAGUUGUAUCAUUAUUAAGAGAUGCCGGUGCAAUCAUUAUUGGUAAGACUAACUUGGACCAAUUUGCAACAGGUUUGGUCGGUACAAGAUCACCAUACGGUAAAACUCCAUGUGUAUUCAAUAAAGAUUAUGUUUCCGGGGGCUCAUCUGCAGGGAGUGCCAGUGUCGUUGCAAGAGGUAUUGUUCCCAUUGCCUUAGGUACCGAUACAGCCGGUUCAGGAAGGGUUCCUGCUGCAUUAAACAAUUUAAUUGGAUUAAAACCAACAAGGGGCGUACUCUCGUGUCAAGGUGUUGUCCCAGCUUGUAAAUCAUUAGAUUGUGUUUCCAUUUUUGCAUUGAAUUUAAGUGACGCUGAAAGGUGUUUCAAAAUCUUAUGUCAAUUUGAUGGAGAUAAUGAUGAAUAUUCAAGGUUAUAUCCUUCAAAUCCGCUACAAAAAUUUCCCAAGAAUUUAACUAUUGCUAUUCCAAAAACUGUACCAUGGUAUGGUGAAAUUGAAAAUCCAAAACUAUAUUCAAAUGCAAUCGCGAGCUUGAAAGAAACGGGAGCUAAUGUUGUUACUAUUGACUUCGAACCAUUAUUGGAACUAGCUAAGUGUCUAUAUGAAGGUCCGUGGGUGGCAGAACGUUAUAAUGCUAUUAGAGACUUCUUGGCAACAAAUCCACCAAAUGAUACCUUAGAUCCAAUUGUAAUGUCCAUUAUAAAAGGCGCCACUUCCUUUGAUGCAGCUGAUGCCUUCAAAUUCGAAUACAAAAGGCAAGGAAUUCUUCAAAAAGUUAACAAACUGCUCAAAGAUAUUGAUGUGUUAUGUGUUCCAACUUGUCCACUUAACCCAACUUUUGAAGAAGUUACAAAUGAACCAAUUUUAAUCAACUCAAGGCAAGGUACAUGGACCAAUUUUGUCAACCUGGCUGAUAUGGCAGCCUUAGCAAUUCCAACUGGUUUUAGAAACGAUGGCCUUCCUAAUGGUAUUACAUUAAUUGGUAGAAAGUUUACUGAUUAUGCAUUAUUGGAUUUAGCAAAACGUUUCUUCAAAGUUACAUAUCCAAACGGUUCAAGAUCAUUUGGUAUCUUCAAAGAUUAUAAAGUUGACACGAAAGAUGAUAAUCUUGUUGGUCCAGAUUUUUCAAUUGCUGAUUCAAUUAAAUUGGCUGUGGUAGGUGCUCAUUUGAAAGGUUUACCAUUACAUUGGCAAUUAGAAAGAGUUAAUGCUGUCUAUUUAUCAUCCCCAAAAACAUCCAGAAAUUAUGUACUUUAUGCUCUACCUAAAGUGGGUCCAAUCUUAAAGCCAGCUUUAAGAAGAGUUGAUUUUUCGAAAGGUUCUCAAAUUCAAUUAGAACUUUAUAGUGUUCCCAAGGAGAAUUUUGGUACUUUCAUUUCUAUGGUCCCUGAACCAUUAGGUAUCGGUUCUGUUGAAUUAGAGAAUGGAGAAUGGGUAAAAUCGUUCAUUUGUGAAGAAAGUGGAUAUAAACAAAAGGGUUCUGUUGAUAUAACAUCAUAUGGAAGUUUUAAGACAUACGUGGAAUCAUUGAAAUCAACGGAAUCAUCCAACAAAAAAUGUUUUGAUACAGUUUUAGUUGCUAAUAGGGGUGAAAUUGCUGUUAGGAUUAUGAAAACUUUAAAGAAAAUGAAAAUUAAGUCAGUUGCUGUUUACUCUGAUCUAGACAAAUAUUCUCAACAUGUUACGGAUAGCGAUGAUGCUGUUCCUCUACAUGGAUCAACCGCUGCUGAAACAUAUCUGAAUAUAGAUAAAAUUAUCAAUGCUGCCAAAGUCAGUGGUGCCCAAGCCAUUAUUCCAGGUUAUGGCUUCUUAUCAGAAAAUGCAGAUUUCUCAGAUCGAUGUGCAGAAGAAGGUAUUAUAUUUGUUGGCCCUUCUGGCGAAAUAAUUAGAAACUUGGGUCUCAAACAUUCCGCUAGAAAUAUCGCAGAAGCCGCUCAUGUCCCAUUGGUUCCAGGUUCGUCUUUGAUUAAAAGUGCUACUGAAGCUAAAGAAGUUGCUGCUGCUUUGGAAUAUCCAGUAAUGGUCAAAUCAACAGCAGGUGGUGGUGGUAUUGGUUUACAAAAAGUGGAUAAUGAAGCCGAUAUCGAACGUGUAUUCGAAACGGUCCAACAUCAGGGAAAGUCAUUCUUUGGAGAUUCUGGUGUCUUUUUGGAGCGUUUUAUUGAAAAUGCUAGGCAUGUUGAGGUUCAAUUGAUGGGUGAUGGCUAUGGUAAUGCUAUCGCUUUAGGUGACCGUGAUUGUUCGUUGCAACGUCGUAAUCAAAAAGUUAUAGAAGAAACUCCUGCUCCAAACCUUCCAGAUGGAACAAAGUUUAAAUUACGAGAAGCUGCAGAAAAUCUUGGGAAACUAUUAAAGUAUAAAGGUGCAGGUACCGUUGAAUUUAUAUAUGAUGAAAGGCGUAAUGAGUUUUAUUUCUUAGAGGUAAAUACAAGAUUACAAGUUGAACAUCCUAUUACAGAAAUGGUUACUGGUUUAGAUUUGGUCGAAUGGAUGAUAAGAAUUGCCGCUGAUGAUCCACCAGAUUUUGCUUCUACUAAUAUCACUGUUACUGGCGCUUCUAUUGAAGCUCGUUUAUAUGCUGAGAAUCCUGUCAAAGGCUUUAAACCAUCUCCAGGUCAAUUGACUGAUGUUUCGUUUCCAGAAUGGGCGAGAGUUGACACUUGGGUUACUGCUGGUACUGUGGUUUCUGCUGAAUAUGAUCCUACAUUAGCUAAAUUGAUUGUACAUGGUAAAGAUAGAAAUGAUGCUAUAUCGAAAUUAAUUCAAGCCCUUGAUGAAACAAAACUUUAUGGUUGUGUUACGAAUAUUGAUUAUUUAAAAUCUAUUGUUUCAUCAGAUAUGUUCAAAGAGGCAAGAGUGUCAACCAAUGUUUUGAAUUUUUACGACUAUGCUCCAUCUGCUAUUGAGAUUACUUCACCUGGUGCUCAUACUUCUGUUCAAGAUUAUCCUGGUAGAACCGGUUAUUGGUCAAUUGGUGUUCCUCCUUCUGGUCCAAUGGAUGCAUAUUCCUUCCAAUUGGCUAAUCGUAUUGUCGGUAAUGAUUCCGAGGCAGCUGCCUUAGAAAUUACAUUGACUGGGCCAACCGUUAUCUUCCAUACACAAACUGUGAUUUCUAUUACUGGUGGGAUAUGUCCCUGCAUGGUGAAUGAUGAACCAAUUGAACAAAACAAACCGAUUUCAAUUUCUAAAGGUGACGAACUUUCUAUUGGUAGAUUGAUAACAGGAUGUAGAGCUUAUCUGGCUAUCAGAGGUGGGUUAGAUAUUCCAGAAUACUUGGGUUCCAGAUCUACAUUCACAUUAGGAACCAUUGGAGGCUAUAAUGGUAGAGUAUUAAAACUUGGUGAUGUAUUGUUCAUAAAUCAAUUCGAUUCAGCAUCCUCUUCUCAGGUUUCUAAAUAUCAUCCCCAAUCAGUUCCAUCUUCUUUGAUACCUUCUAUUUCGAACGAUAAAGAAUGGUUAAUUGGUGUGAUGUGUGGUCCACAUGGUUCUCCAGAUUUCUUUACUUCGGAGUAUGCUGAUGAAUUCUUCAAUGAGAAAUGGAAGAUUCAUUAUAAUUCAAAUAGAUUUGGUGUCAGAUUGAUUGGUCCACGCCCAAAAUGGGCAAGAAAGGAUGGUGGUGAAGGUGGUUUGCAUCCUUCCAAUGCCCACGAUUAUGUUUAUUCAUUAGGAGCUAUUAACUUUACAGGAGAUGAACCUGUCAUUGUUACAUGUGAUGGCCCUUCAUUAGGAGGGUUUGUUUGUCAUGGUGUUGUUCCUGAAGCAGAACUAUGGAAAGUAGGCCAAGUUAAGCCCGGUGAUACUGUCCAAUUUAUUCCAAUUUCUUAUCAGGUCGCUAGAGAAUUGAAAUUGUCACAAGAUUAUUCUAUUUCUUCCUUCGAACCAAACUCUUUGAAAAGACUUACUCUUGAUAUGGGGUUACUAGAGGUGCAAGAUCCAGUUUUGAAACGUAUUCCUCAUAGAUCAAAUCUCUCUCCGAUGGUUACAUACAGGCAAGCAGGUGACCGUUAUAUCUUAGUUGAAUAUGGUGAGAACAAGAUGGAGCUCGAUAUUUGUUACAGAAUACAUUGUUUGAUAAAGUUGGUUAAAAAGAAUAAUACUAUGGGUGUUGUUGAAAUGUCCCAGGGUGUUAGGUCAGUCUUAGUUGAAUUUGAUCCAUACAAGAUAUCUCAAGAUGAAUUACUGUACACAUUAAAUGCUUAUGAACAGGAAAUUUAUUUUACACAAGAUUGGACUGUUAAAUCUAAUAUUAUUAGAUUACCUAUGGCUUUUGAAGAUUCAAAAAUAUUAUCAUGCGUUAAACGUUAUCAAGAAUCUGUUCGUUCCUCAGCUCCAUGGUUACCUAACAAUGUUGAUUUCAUUGCGGAUAUUAAUGGAGUUUCUCGUGAAUAUAUACACGAUAUGGUUUAUUCUGCUAGAUUUAUGGUAUUAGGUUUAGGUGAUGUUUUCUUAGGUUCACCUUGUGCGGUUCCAUUAGAUCCACGUCAAAGAUUAUUAGGUAGUAAAUAUAAUCCAUCCAGAACUUUUACUGAAAGAGGUGCUGUUGGACUAGGUGGUAUGUAUAUGUGUAUAUAUGCUGCUGCAAGUCCGGGUGGUUACCAAUUAGUUGGGAGAACCAUUCCGAUUUGGGAUAAAUUAAUGCUAUCAACUUCAUCUGCUAACACUGGACAACCAUGGUUAUUGAAUCCAUUUGAUCAGAUUGAAUUCUAUCCUGUAUCUGAAGAGGAAUUAGAUAAUUUUACUGCUGCCUGUGACCAAGCUACUUUUACCGUUGACAUUGAACCUUCAAUAUUUAGUCAUAAAGAUUAUUUAAGAUGGGUUGAAGAUAAUAAGGAAUCUAUUGAAGAUUUUACAAAGGCACAAUCUGGUGAAAAGGCAAAUGAAUUUGCUCGCUUGAUGGAAGCAUCCAAUGUUGAGUUAGAGAAAACUAAGCAAUGCAUCGUUGUUGAAAAAGAAGAUUAUCCAGAAGGUUCGUUGUUAGUUUAUUCAGAAUAUUCUGGUCGUUUUUGGAAAUCUGCUGUUUCUGUUGGUGAUGAGGUUGAUGUAUCGAAAGGCUUAAUAAUUCUUGAAGCUAUGAAAACUGAAAUGUUAGUGCCUUCUCCUUAUAAAGGUAAACUUCUAAAGAUCUGUCAUAAGAAUGGUGAUAUGGUUGAUUCUGGUGACCUAGUUGCUGUCAUCCAACCAGUGCAAUAA